AUGACAGUUUUAUACACAUCUGCAUCGCUGAAAAAAAUGAAGUGCUUGGCAUUCAACAUGGGCAUGAAUUGCGUACGAACAGUAUCUCAUGCAAGAAGUGGAGGUGCAAAAUUUGGAGGACGGAAUGUAUUUAAUAUAUUUGACUCAAAAACUCCUGAUUCAGUGCGUAUAAAGGCCUUCAAAAACACAAUAUACCAGUCUGCCAUGGGCAAAGGUAAGACCAAGUUUUCUGCAAUGGAAAUUAAUCUCAUAACAAGUCUAGUGCGCGGAUAUAAAGGAGAAGGUAAGAAGAACGCGAUAAAUCCUCUCCAAACUAACGUGCAAAUUCUUAACAAAUUAUUACUAACACAUCGAUUAACAGACAAAGACAUAUUAGAAGGAAUGAACCUGGCAGCCGGUCCUGUCAAUGUUGCUAUUCCUCGAGACAUAACACCGCAGGAAGAAAAGAAGAAAGUUGAACUAAGAAAUCGAAAAGCAGAGAAUAUGGAUCUUCACCCGAGCAGGAAGAUGCAUAUUAAGGAACUUCUACACUCUUUGAACUUAGAUAUGUGUAAUGAUGAGGAGGUUUAUCAGAAAAUAUCACUUUACUUACAGAAAAAUGAGGAAAGCAGGACUUCAGUGGGUGCCUCGCAACAAAACCACGUAGAUAUCGAUAUAAACUCCCUAAAACGCUAUCUACAAAAUAUUGAAAAGAAGGCACGUCAAAAAAGUGCCAUCGAUAAACAAAAAAAGAAUCAAGCUCGUAUAUAUCAAUGGAAUACUCAAUCCUUCUCCGAAAUAGUACCCUUAUCAGCUGGAAAUAUCUUAUUCAAAAGGGAACCCAAUCGCUUAUGGAAACGUUUACAAAAUGGAAUAAGUGUAUUUUUAGGUUCAAACGGAGGAGGAAAAAAGAGUAAAACUACUAAAAAAGUACUUCAAGGGAAUAACAUAUUGUUACACUCAUUAGAAAACAAUAAGGAUAUGACCCUGUCAAACAACUUUGAUCACAGUGUCUUUAACAUCAAUUUUACGGACUUAUUUGGCGUUAUUAAUGCAUCUGGGUCCCCACCAGAUAGAGUUUUGAACGAAAUUAAUGAGAUCGAAUUAAAAGGUUGGAAAUGUGUGGGGAACUUAUACGAUAAUAAUAAAAUUGUAGUUUUUCAAAGUAGCAAUCCACUCUUAGAGGAUACGAAGAUUCCUCAAAAGUCUUUCACUAAUUCAAAGAGAUUCCUUAUUUCACUCUCAGCAUUGCUGGCCUCCUUUUUUGCAUAUUAUAGAUACCGUCUAUCUCAACGUCAAGAAUCAAAGAAAUGA